GCUCCUUUGUCCAAUGUCGAGCAGCUGAGCUCUGCACCAAUAGCUUUAAAAUGAAGUUUGCGGAACAUUUAACGGCACACAUAACGCCCGAGUGGCGUAAACAGUACAUUAAUUAUGAGGAAAUGAAAGCAAUGCUGUAUGCGGCCAUCGAGCAGGCACCCUCAGCUGAGCUCGUGGAUCGCGAGAUGCUCACACGCUAUUUUGCCAAAUUCGACGAGGAAUUCUUUCACUAUUGCGACAAGGAGCUAGCCAAGAUUAAUACUUUCUAUUCGGAGAAAAUGGCAGAGGCAACACGCAAGUAUGGCAAUCUGCGGAGUGAGUUAACCGAGGCUAUGGAAAUGGGACACGUAAAGAAGCAGCCGGCAUGGAAGGCACGCACACCCCUGGGGAAGAAGAAUGUACCGGCACGCAAGAUACAGGAUCUCAAGUUGGCAUUUAGUGAAUUCUAUUUAGGUCUGAUAUUGCUGCAGAACUACCAGAAUCUGAAUUUUACCGGCUUUAGGAAAAUACUUAAGAAGCAUGAUAAGCUGCUGAGCGUAGAUUAUGGUGCCCGCUGGCGAACCGAUCAUGUGGAGGCAGCACAUUUCUAUACCAACAAGGACAUCGAUCGGUUGAUACAGGAAACAGAGCAGGCCGUCACGCAGGAUAUUGAGGGUGGCGAUAGGCAGCGUGCAAUGAAACGCUUGCGCGUGCCCCCCCUGGGUGAGCAACAGAGUCCCUGGACAACCUUCAAGGUGGGCCUCUUCUCGGGUGCUUUUGUUGUGCUCUUCAUAACAGUUGUGAUUUCGGCCAUGUUUUAUGGCUUUGGAGAGAAUUGGCGCGUGGGCUUGCGUAUGUUUCGAGCACCGUUUCUUAUUACCGAGUGCCUCUUUCUGUGGGGCGUCAACGUCUAUGGCUGGCGUUCGUCGGGUGUGAAUCAUGUGCUUAUCUUCGAGCUGGAUCCCCGAAACCAUCUGUCUGAACAGAAUAUUAUGGAAAUCGCGUCAGUAUUUGGCGUUAUCUGGGCGUGCUGUGUACUUUCCUAUAUUUUCUGCGAUCCAUUGGGUAUUCCUCAAUAUGCCGCACCUUUGUUUCUCUACACACUGAUGGCAGCUUUUUUGCUUAAUCCAACGCGCACAUUUCAUCACGAGGCUCGCUAUUGGGCUAUUCGAGUUGUAAGCCGUGUGGUCUGUGCCCCAUUCUGCUUUGUUAACUUUGCCGAUUUCUGGCUGGCGGAUCAGCUGAAUAGCAUUGUACCUGCAUUUCUGGAUAUACCGUUUCUCAUAUGCUUUUUUGGACGCAAUCCCACAUGGCAUAAAGCCGGAACAGCUGGGAACCAUUGCGUGCGUUAUGUGUCCCUUUUGCAUCCCAUUGUAGCCAUAUUGCCCGCAUAUUUUCGAUUUGCGCAGUGUAUACGACGAUAUCGGGACACAAAGGAGGCCUUUCCGCAUUUGGUGAACGCGGCAAAGUAUGCAACAUCUUUUUUCGUGGUCAUAUUUGCUCAUAAAUAUCACACGACAACGGAGACCUACCCGCUGUCGAAGGAGAAUCCGUGGUUCUAUCUCUGGAUAACAGCGGCCAUAUUCUCCUCCUGCUAUGCCUACACAUGGGACAUUAAGAUGGACUGGGGUCUGUUCGAUGCCAAGGCGGGCGACAAUCGAUUUUUGCGUGAGGAAAUCGUUUACUCUUCAACGUGGUUCUACUACUUUGGCAUCAUUGAGGACUUGAUAUUGCGCUUUAGCUGGACGCUGUCCAUGAGUCUCAUCGAGGCCGGCUAUAUUGAAGGUGACGUCAUGAUGACCAUACUCAGCCCACUGGAGGUGUUUCGUCGCUUCAUUUGGAACUACUUUCGGCUUGAGAACGAACAUUUAAACAAUGUGGGCAAAUUUCGUGCCGUCCGUGAUAUAUCGGUGGCGCCCAUGGACUGUUCAGAUCAGACGACAAUUUUGCGCAUGAUGGACGAACCGGAUGGCGUGCUGAAUCGUAGACGCGGCAAAACUGCGGGGAACACUGGCAAGGCCAGCUCAUCAAAGAAGAGCAAACAGGGACAGCAGCGCCUGCUUCUUUUGCAGGGCGAAUCUGUGGAGGACCUCUGUGCGUAGCUUCAAGCCCGCGGGCUAUGUACGCAAGCGAGAUUAAACAUUGCGCCAACUCAUAAACGCUGGAACGCCAAAGGCGACCAAUUAUUGACGCCAUUGCUUCAGAGAUCCGAGCGAUUUGCAUUUGAUUAGACGCCCACAAAUUUGUUUCUCAAUGUGCACAAAUAUUAAAUGUACCUAUAUAUUAAUGUAAACUGA